AUGAUGCUGGGGUUCGUCCCUCUGCUCUCGGCGGUGUCGCCGGAUGUCCUCGUGCUGCUCUCGGCGGUGUUGCUGGAGACCGUAUUGGUGCUCUCGGCGGUGCAGCUGGAACCCGUCGUAGUGCUGGCGGCGCUGCUUCUGGAGCCCGUGGUGCUGCUCUCGGCGGGACUGCUGGGGUCCGUCGUGCUGUUGGCGGUGCUUCUUCUGGCGGCGGGCCCCUGUCGUCUGGUGGUGGUGCUGCGGGCCGUCGUGCUGCGUUCAGCGGUACUGCUGGAGCCCGUCGUGCUGCUCCGCGUGCUCCUGCCGAGGCCCGUCGUGCUGCUCCCGGUCGUGCUGCUGAGGUCCGCCUUGCUGCUCCCAGCCGUGCUGUCCGGGUCCGUCCUGCUGCUCUCGGUGGGACUGUUGGGGCCCGUCGGGUUGCUCCCGGUGUUGCUGCCGGUGCCCGUCGUGCUGCUCCUGGUGGCGCUGCUGGCUGCGGUGCCAGAAUCCUCUGCCGCCUGCCUCUGUUGGGCGUGCUUCCUCCUCCGCUGCUAG